AUGGUAUUGGUGAAAUGGCAAGGGAACAGAGCACUGACCGAGGUAUUGGUGAAAUGGUUUGGGGCUUCAUCCAAGGAUAAUACGUGGGAAUCACUGUUAGAGAGUGCAGAGCCAGAGUAUGAGAAGGAGGAAGAAGAAGCAAGCGUGCGUCGGGUAGAACUCAAAGUGUUCAAAGUGAAGGUUAAUUGCACUGCAUCAAUUUUGCUUGAUGAUACUCCCUCAGUAUUGGUUGAGAAAACAGCGCUAAACAAUGCUCGUUCAGUGAGAGGAUACGAAGUUAUUGAUAAUGUCAAGUCCAAGGUGGAGAACGUUUGCCCUGGCAUUGUAUCAUGUGCAGAUAUUCUAGCAGUUGUAGCUCGAGAUGCAUCUGUCGCUCUGAGUAGCGACGAUGAGAAGAUAGCACCGCUUGAUUUGGUGGCACCCAAUUCUUUUGAUAAUAAUUACUUCAAGAAUCUCAUUCAGAAGAAGGGUCUUCUCGAAUCUGAUCAGAUACUAUUUAGUGGAAGAUCCACAGACGACAUUGUUAUAGAGUACUAUAGCAAGAGCCCUUCAACUUUCAUAUCUCAAGGACAGACAUGA